AUGACCUAUCCCAGUAAACACCUCCCAUCAGUCUUUGCGAUAGAUCCUCUACAUCCCGAUGUCCAACACAUGGUGAAAGGCCGCUUCAGGCUGAUCACUUGCGAUCAGCCCGAGAUAUCGAGAUGGAAGGACGAUGCGGACGCGCUUAUCGUCCGAGGUAGCUCUAUUGCGUCUGAAGACCUCGCUCAAUGCAAACGCCUGAGAUGGGUACAGAAGCACGGCGUCGGGGUCGAUCAACUCGACAUAGGUGCUCUGAAGAAUGCGAACGUCGGUCUGAUGAACACGCCCGGUGCAAAUGCCAUAGGCGUUGCGGAAGUCGCAUUGGCACUUGCGAUGGCUGUCGGCCGAGAGAUCGCGAUCAUCAACGCUAGGAUCAAAGCUGGGCAAUACUUGACACAAAAGUCUGGGCUGACCGGAUUAACGUUGACCGGGACUACCCUCCUUAUCAUCGGCGGAGGGAACAUCGGCUUGACCGUCGGCAAAAUGUUCCACGGAGCAUUCGGCUGCUCACUUCUCGUCUUCGAUCCUUACAUCUCUGCUGCCGCAAAAGCUGCCUGGGAGUCAACGAUCCCGAGUGCGAAUUUGCAAUGGAUCCAGGACCUGGACACGCAGGGAUAUCCGGUCGCCGACGUCAUCUCGCUUCAUAUUCCCCUAUUGCCGUCGACAAAGGACAUGAUCGGCAAGGCGCAGUUUGCCAAGAUGAAGCCGACUGCCAUAAUCGUUAACACUGCCCGCGGCGGUAUCAUCAACGAAGAUGACCUGAUUGACGCCCUCGAUCAGGGCCUGAUCCACGGAGCCGGACUAGAUGCCAUGGCUGUAGAGCCGCCGACCGUUGACAGCAAUCCGCGGUUGGUCAAGCACGAGCGAUGCAUCGUCACCCCUCACAUCGGCGGUUCUGCACUGAGCGUCCAACGAGACGUCGCUCGGUCCUGCAUUGAACACCUGGCGGAAGUCUUUUCCGGGAAGGCCCCUCGGGAUCAAAUCUGUUAA